UUCUUUUAUUUGACAUAAGGAGAAAGCUACAUCUUUGAAAUCCUAACUUCCAUCUCAGCAAAAAAUGCAAUUUAUCAAAAUCCCCAAUUUUCACUGUAUAAAUGGUAACACCAUAAACCCUAAAAUUAAUUUAUGCAAUUCCAACAAUUCGCCUUUUCAAUUGAAGAGAUUGGGGUUUUCCCGCUCAAUUAUUCCAGCUUCCAAUACCAUCUUCUCAAUGCCAAAUUCUAACAAUUUCGUUAUUCCAAAACGCCGUUGUAUGAAAUCCUUCAUUUCUGCUCGAAAAGCAUCCAGUGCCGACGACUAUUAUUCGGUUCUCAAUAUAAGUAGAAAUGCAACUUUGCAAGAAGUUAAAACGGCUUAUCGCUCACUUGCUCGCAAGUAUCAUCCAGAUAUAAACAAGGGUCCAGGUUCUGAAGAAAAGUUUAAAGAAAUAAGUGCUGCUUACGAGAUAUUAUCAGACAAUGAGAAAAGAUCUUUGUAUGAUCGCUUUGGCGAGGCAGGUUUACGGGGGAAUUUUGACACAUCAAGCACUGGUCCUAAAGAGGUGGAUCCUUUUGAAGUAUUUGCUGAAUAUUUUGGUGAAUCAAAUAAUUUUUUUGGACGGAGUGGUGAACCAGGUGGCUUCAAUUUUAAGUUUAGAGAAAAGGGCAGCCAGAUUCUUGACAUUAGAUAUGACCUGUAUUUGAGCUUUGAAGAAUCAAUUUUUGGAGGGGAAAGAGACAUUGAGAUAUCGCGUUUUGAGACAUGUGAUGAUUGUGGUGGAACAGGUGCAAAGUCAAGUAGUUCCAUGAAAUCUUGUAGGGGCUGUGGAGGUAGAGGCGGGGUGGUUAAAACACAGAAAACACCUUUUGGAAUUGUGUCUCAGGUAACUACUUGUUCCAAAUGCGGUGGUGAUGGAAAGAUAAUUACUGAUCAAUGUCGAAAAUGUGAUGGUGCUGGUCAAGUUCAAGCAAACCGGAGUGUUAGAGUGGUUGUUCCACCAGGCAUUCAUGAUGGAGCCACGAUGCAAGUUCAAGGGGAAGGAAAUUUUGAUAAAAUAAGGGGCAUGUCUGGUGACCUCUAUCUGGUUCUCCACAUAGAGGAAAAAUUUGGAAUUCAGAGAAAGGGCUUGAAUUUACACUCAAAAGUAAAUGUUGAUUAUACAGAGGCCAUUUUAGGGACAGUUAUAAAGGUGGACACUGUAGAAGGCGUGAGAAAUCUUGAGAUUCCUCCUGGCAUUCAACCGGGAGAUACUUUGAAAUUGUCACGCAUGGGUGUGCCAAAUAUAAAUAAACCUUCUGUUCGAGGCGAUCAUCAUUUCAUUGUGAAUGUUCAGAUUCCCGAAAAUAUUAGUGAUGCAGAACGCAUGCUAGUUGAAAAGUUGGCUUCUCUUAAGCAAACAUCUCAGAACCAUUCACUCCCAGACAACGGGACACGUGGAGGUAGUGAUAAGAAUAAUGCUAGCCAAACUUCAAAUCCUGAAAGAAAAAGUGUAACAUAUUUAUGGAAGUCAAUCAAGGACUUUUUGAGAAAAAAGCAACCUCGGGAAAGAUUUGCAUCAAUUGGCAUCGAUACACCAGCAUUAAGGAGGUCUUGUAGGACCCAGCAGAAUUUUCCAUUCCUGCUUUCUAUUUCUACUGUUUUUGUUAUGGCAUUUAUUGCCAUCUUGGUGAGAAACUGUGGUAGCUCUAUACAACGGCCUAACAGAGAAAAUUGAACACUGCAAUCAUCCUUCUAAGAAGGUAAAAGAACAGUAUUAGCUACUUUUGGAUAAUUGUGUGUUAAUUUUCAUGUAUUAUGUGUAUCGUAUGCUGUAGGAGUGGAUAGUCAUUUUCUCAACAUUCUUCUCUCUAUAGCAUGGUAAACCCAAUUUUAGCAACUACUAAUUUCUUGCUUAAGUUUGAUUAAUUGAUGCAAAAUGAUUGUAAAGCUCGACUUCGGAAUUGGCCAAGUUUUGCAACCGUGCAAACGUUUAGUGCUUUAGUAGCCGGAGUAAUUACUUGGGGGUGCCUAAAUGUUACUUCAAGAUAUUUGUUAUGAUGGAAUGGAUUAAGAGAAGCA